UCGGGUGAGAGAAGACGUAUGUGGUGUCAUCUGCAAAAAGUGUGGGUUUGAGUAAUUGCGAAGCAUUUGGUAGGUCAUUUAUGUAUAGGAGAAAGAGAAGAGGGCCAAGGACACUUCCCUGUGGGACACCAACUGUAAUUGGUUGUGCGGAAGAGCUUGCCCCAUUUGCGUACACAUACUGGCUUCUGUUGCUGAGGUAUGACUUGAGGUAGUUGAGGGAGUGCCCUCUAAUACCAUAGUGUGACAAUUUUACGUGGAGCAAGUCAUGGUCAACUGUAUCAAAAGCUUUACGUAUGAAAGGAACACCCAAUCAGACUUCUUGAGAGAAAAACAUCAGACAAUUAUUGCAGAAAAGGGAACCCAAGAAAGCGCAGUGAGUGAGAAGAGUGGUUAUGAAAUAGCACAAGUGGCCAACACGUCUUUAGCAGAGAUGAGGUCACACGUGCUAUUGAGUCGCCUUCAAGUGCUUAAGCAAAUUUUAACCAAGCCUCGCAUACAUGGAAAUCCAGUUUCUAACAUAUAUGUACCUCUUCGCCUAAGUUCAGACUCCUCUGUGGUUACUGUUGGAGGAGUAACUAAACAGAUACGAAAUCCCAAACAUCCAGAGCUUGUACCUGUUGGAUACUUGUCUGAAGAGCUUCCCCAGUCUGUCCUCAAGCACAUACGAUGGCUGCUUCAGAAAGAUCAGCUAGGACAAGAUGUUUUUCUGAUUGGUCCUCCUGGUACCCUUAGAAGAUAUUUAGCACUCUUAUAUUUGCAACUCACUAAGAGAGAAGUGGAAUUUGUUGCCCUUACAAGAGAUACGACCGAUACUGAUUUAAAGCAAAGGAGAGAGAUCAUGGGAGGAACAUCUUUCUAUCAUGAUCAGAGUGCAGUUCGAGCAGCUAUUGAAGGACGUGUGCUAAUCCUUGAAGGCAUUGAGAAAGCAGAGAGAAAUGUGUUACCAGUUCUCAACAACCUCUUGGAAAAUCGAGAGAUGCAACUUGAGGAUGGGCGACUAUUAAUAUCUAGCAGCAGAUAUGACAACCUUCUAAAGGAACAUUCACAAGCAGAAUUGGACAAAAUGCAUUUAGUACGGGUUAGCCAAGAUUUUCGAGUUAUUGCUCUAGGACUUUCCCUUUACCCCCCUACCAAGGUCACCGCUUAUUUCCCCCCUUAA